AUGGGUCGUUUUGAUUAUCCAUCGCCUUACUGGGACUCCGUGGGCGAUCCAGUCCUGAGCCUGAUUGACCGGAUGCUCACGGUCGAUGUGGAAAAGAGGAUCAGCGUGGAGGAAUGUCUUGAACACCCAUGGAUGACCGAGAAAUACCCUAGCGUCAAUGACAGCACUGAUGGGCUGACUGGUGCCCUGGGUAACUUGGACUUUGCCCGGCGCAAGGUUGGACGCGAGCGGACCAUGCUCAGCAGCGUCAACGACGUUCAUUUCAGUGAGCAUGCCGAGGGCAGUGAGGCCCCGGUCAAGGUCUUCCACAAGAACGAAGCGGGCAAGCGGGUUCACAAUCGACCGGCCAAAACGUCUCACCGUGAGCGAUCGCCCGGCAACAAGGACCCAAAGGAGUUCAUGAACCUUGGUGCGGGCGGCAAUGCUGCGUUGUACGAUGAACCUACGAGUCGAUACAAAUAG